AUGCCUCCUGGCUUUGGCCCCAACCCUCAGGCUAGAGGGUUGAUUCCCACAGUGGAAGUCCCAUCCACAGGGACAGGCCUAGGUUCAAGAGGAAGGCAAGGCCUUGUUUCUACCCAGGUCCUAUCUGGUGUUGUAAGCACUGCCCAGUUCUUCCUGUAUGAGGCUUUCCUGGGUCAGCACUUUGAGGCUGUGGACUUGGGAGGGAAUGAGCCAGAACCUGGAGACCUCUUCUUGUUCCGGUUAACAUCACCUGUAGGGCAAUGGCUGGGGGCCCAUGUAGGUGUCUAUUGUGGACAUGGGGAAAUCAUCCAUUUUGAAGGCCGGCCUCCCCCUGGGCCCCAGGCUUUCCUGGGUCCCUGGGAGGGCAUGGUGUCCAAGCAGGGCCGGCGGCAGCUGCUGCGCUCGCGCUCGCUUUGGCGAGUUCUGCGGCGGAAGGGCGGCGUGGACCGCAAGGCGCUGAAGCGGAGGGUGCAGGAGGCCAUGGAUGCAGACUCGCUUCCCUAUCACCCGACCCACAGCAACUGCGUCCACUUCGCCUUGACCCUCCUCGGCCAGGAGACACUGUCUGUGGACGUGGAUGUGACAAGUCACCUAGAUUCCGGAUCUUAG